AUGGAUCAAAACGCGGUUUACCAGUUAUUUGUCUCGACGUAUCAUCCUGACCCAAACGUGCACAAGCAAGCCGAACUCAAUAUCAGAAAUUUCGAGUCUCAGGCAGGCUUUUUGCCUCUUGUGUUGCAGAUCCAGGCUGCUGAAGAAUUGGAAUUGGGGGCACGCCAAGCAGCUGCCAUCUACUUUAAAAACUGUGUGCAUAAGCAUUGGAAUCGUUCAGCAAAGGGACUUGCGGAAGAAGACAAAGCUGUCAUUAGAAAGAACAUUCUUCAUGCGUUCAUUACUACUCCGGCUGCUGUACAAGUGCAAUUGGCUGCUUCGUUGAAUUAUAUUUUGAACAGUGAUUUUCCUGAACAGUGGCCCAUCUUCAUCAAUGAACUAGAGGCAUUUUUGACAUCUGAUGACAUCCGUGUCGUGCAUAUUGGUCUCGUUGCUCUGAGAGAGGUGGUCAAGGUGUACCAGUGGAAAGCAAUGGAGCGUCGAGAGCCUUUGCAACAGAUUAUCAAGCUCACAUUCCCUUCCAUCCAAGAGAUUUGCAACAAAUUGCUACAACUGGAUACUGCUGAAGCAGGCGACAUGCUCAAGUUGGCUCUCAAGAUUUAUCACUCUAGUAUUCAUGUCGAUUUACCCAAAUGCUUGCAGGAGCAUACUGCGCUUGUUGGGUGGUGUACCAUCUUCCUGCAACUGGUAGACAAAAAGAUUCCCAACGAGGUUCAACCUGCAGAUUUGGAAGAGAGAGAAAAGUUUGGAUGGUGGAAGACCAAGAAAUGGGCCUACCACUGUCUCAAUCGACUGUUUGGCAAGUAUGGCAAUCCAGCUAUACUUCCGUCCAGUUUGACAAAGUACACUUCGUUUGCCAAGUCAUUUGUCACCAACUUUGCACCCAAUAUUCUACAAGCGUACCUGCAACAAAUCGACGGCUGGAUCAAGAAGGAACAUUGGAUGUCAAAUCGAUGUUUGGCCUUGUCAGCUGCCUUUUUCGAUGACAGCAUUAAACACAAGAUCACCUGGCAGAUCAUCAAGCCGCACACAGAAACACUGGUGGCUCAGUUUCUGUUUCCUCAACUGUGCUUUUCCAAAGAAGACGAACAGCUGUGGACUGAAGAUGCAGUUGACUACGCCCACAAAAAGAUGGAUCCUCUGGAAGACACAUCUUCCACACAGCAAAAUGCCAUUAUGCUGUUGAUUGAUCUCGCCAAAAACCGCAACAAGCACACGUUUAUGAGCAUUCUAGGAUUCAUUCAUGGUGUAUUGAACAACUACAUCGAGACGCCGGAAGACCAAAAGAAUGGACGCGAUAAAGAUGGUGCCUUGUGCAUGAUUGGCGCUUUGGCUCCUGUCAUUGUGGGUAGUUCAACUGAAGUCGAGGAGAUGAUGGAGCCUUUCUUUGUCACGCAUGUGUUUCCCGAGUUCAAGAGUCGAUUCCCUUAUCUGCGCGCAAGAGCUUGUGAUAUUGCAAGACACUUUAGCGACUUGGACUUUUCAAACGAGCAGAAUCUUGCCAUCUUGUAUCAAAAUGUGCUCGACUGUUUGCGCGAUCCUGAGCUCCCAGUAAGAGUGCAAGCUGCUUUGGCCUUGCAGCCCAUGACUAGACAUGAAAGUGUGUGCGAGGCUAUGGGGCCCAACUUACCAUUCAUUAUGCAAGAACUGCUCAACUUAACUAACGAAAUUGACAUCGAUACCCUUGCCAAUGUCAUGCAGAGCUUUGUCGAAGUAUUCGCAGCACAGUUAGCUCCUUUUGCACUUCAGUUAUGUACACAGCUGCGAGACGCCUUUCUGCGUAUCAUGGAAGAACUUGCCCAAGCAUCGACUGGAAACACUCUAGAGGAAGAUGAUGCCAAUGCAGAAGAGAGGGGCGAAAAGACAAUGGCCGCUAUGGGCGUAUUGAAAACCAUUGGCACACUUAUCCUCAGUUUGGAGAACACACCUGACAUCCUCCAGCAACUCGAGAAUGCGCUAUUGCCCGUGAUCACCUAUACAUUGGAGUAUCGCAUCUUCGAUUUGUACGAUGAAGUAUUCGAAAUCAUAGAUUCCUGUACAUUUACCUCAAAGACUGUAACGCCAACCAUGUGGGGUGUGUUUGAAUUGAUUUACGGCUCCUUCAAGGAAUCUGGGUGUCAAUAUAUGCAAGAAAUGCUGCCCUGCUUGGAUAACUUUGUUGCCUAUGGUAAGGAUGUGUUCAUCUCGAAUGAUCAAGUCAAGCAGAUGCUGUUUGAUAUGAUUGAAUGGGUCAUGAAGAGCGAAGACAUGGAUGAAAAAGAUCGAGUGUGUUCUUGUAAAUUAAUGGAGGCCGUGCUGCUCCACUGCCGUGGGUCUGUUGAUAUGUUUGUAGCGCCCUUCUUGAAUCUUGUAUUUCAGUACAUCUUUACUGGUCAAAUGAAGUCGACUGAAUUCAAGAUUCAUUGUAUCGAAGUUGUGCUCAAUUGCUUGUAUUACAAUACGGAAUUAACGCUUCAUAUUCUCGAUCAAAACCAAUGGAGCCAAGGGUUCUUUACACUAUGGUUUUCAUGUCUCGAUAAAUUUUCAAGAGUGCAUGAUAAGAAAUUAGCCAUUGUUACCUUGUGUUCCUUAUUAGCAUUGCCAGCAGACAAGAUUCCCGUUUCAUUGCAAUCAGGAUGGCCUCAAAUCUUGACCAGUGUGUCACAUGUGUUUGAAAGUUUACCAGAUGCCAUCGAAAAUCGACAAUACCUAGAAACAAUUUAUCAAGGCACAUAUGAAGAAGACGAGGACGAAGACGAGGACGAGGAGGGCGAUGCAGAGGCCCAAGAGGAAACUGGUGACAUUGAAGAAGAGGAGGAUGAGGACGAGGAUGAAGAUCAAGAUGAAGACGAAGAAGAUAAUGAUGAGGAAGAAGAUGAAGAUGGUGAUGUUCAAGAUGAAGAUGCCGAAUAUCUCGAGUUUCUGGCAAAUCAAAAGAUUCAAGAGAAUGGCGAGGAUUCUGAAGACGAAAUGGAAGAGGAAAUCCUGUAUCAAUCACCACUGGACGAAAUCGACCCGUAUGAGUGCUUUGAGCAGGUUUUUAGAGAUAUGCAACAAAACAAGCCUGAUUUAUACGCUCAUGUCACCAAGGACCUGACCGUAGUCCAUCAAAAUAACAUCAUGUCUAUUCUAUCUCAAGCAGAACAACACCGCAAUGAACUAUCCACCGUAUAA